ACUUUCCACCGCUUUCCUGCCUAGAAGCGCAACCACGGAAACCAAGUGUCAGAGAUAAAGAGUUGUCAGCUAGCUUGGAUCGUGGCUGUAAGACGACCGAACAUAUGUGUUCCCUGCAUUUUCAUUCUGCACAUAAAGUUUAAAACAUCUGAGACCCGCUGACGCCAGUAUGGAAGUAUCAAGAAAAAGGAUCCUACUGAGGCACCUGGAGCCGGCGAGGCCCCUGCGUCGCUGUGUCCCUGCCAGUGUUGGUCCUCAAACAAAGCCUGCGGCAGGUGACCAGCCCCUGAUGGAGGGGGAACUGACUACUGUUGGUUUAGAGCAGUUCCUCAAGAUUCUCAACCUCCAUAAACAGAAGAAAGAGAGAAUAUCUUAUACAAGGGACUUUUUGAUUGCUUUGGCCGGCUGCCCUGACGCCAAGAAGAGGCCAGAAUACCUCCCAGACCACCCCAUUGUGUUACCCAAGGCAAGGGAUCCAGGGCAACAAGAGCUGAGGGAAACGCAGUGGAAAGAAGUAACAGAGGACGUAUGAGGUGGCAGAAAGGCUUUCCAAGUCUUCAGAAACUUGUUUUCCACAAAUGGGAUUUGCACUGUAGUUUGUUGCUUUACUUUAAUUUAUUUUAACCCAUAACACUCUUUGAAUGUGUGCUUUGCAUGUUACUUUGAGCUUUGUUUUUGCUGUGUGAUUUUUUUUCUCUCCAUAUUGUGUGUUUAAAAUAUGCUUUAAACAGCAAGCCAAAAGUGCCUUUUUUUUCUGACCUAAUGUGUGACCCAAGUGUGACUUUUUAACUUAGUGUAAAUCAAGCAGUAAAUCCUGUUUAUAUUAAUUCACUGCCUAUGUCUCUGUUGGAUGCAUGCAAAAGAUGUCAUGGCAAUAAACAAA